AUGGCCACCUCAGGCUACGUGGGUGAGAUUCAACCCGCAGCUCAAACCCAGGGGGCUGCCGUAACGGUCACACCAGGUCAGACCGAUGCCACCUCCACACCGGCCCCUGCCCCUCAGUUUCUGGCCGAGAUUCAGACUACUGUGGCCGCCCCCACUGUUCUUACACCAACAGGCCAAACUACUCCUACCGACCAGAACCCCUCGGCCACCACUCAGAAGCCUGCAGCUGGGAGUCAGGCGCAGCCUACAGUGCAGGCUCAGCCAGCUCAGACGCAGUAUGUCACUGCAGAAAUUCAAGGCUCCCCCACACAGACUGGAAAUUCUCAAAACACUCCCCAGUACAUCGUUGUUACAGUCACAGAAGGUUCCCUUCACUCAAAUGACAGUGUGUCCGACUCCAGCCCCCCUCCGGCUGUAGUGCAGACCGGAGUUCCCACACAGGUUGUUCAGCAGGUACAGACAGCCCAACAGAGGUCUGUGGUGCAGGCCACCUCCCAAAUAGCCAAAACUGAGCCAGGCACGCAGCUCAGUGUCACCAGUCUACAGCCUGUUCAUCUGACCCAGGAGCUUCCCAUGUGCACAGAGUUCAGCGGAUUAGCAAAUGAUGAUAACAAAUUAGAAGAGCUGCAGCUUCAUCAUGUGACACAAGAGCCUGAAUAUCUGGCCUGGGCAUCAAGAGACUGCACUGACUACAGAUUGUUCAGGCCCCAGUCAGCUCUCAUUCUCCAAGUUCAGCAGCAGCUCACACCAGUGCCAGUGCAACAUGUGUACACCAAUCAAGUGCAGUAUGUGGAAGGAGACAACAACUACACCACCAGUACCAUUCGUUCCAGCACCUUCCCUUACACUGAAACCCCCCUGUACACCCAGACUACAGCUGCUCAAUAUUAUGAAGGUCAGCCAACUUCAGGCUCCCAAGCCUCUACCCCCGGCACAUCUCUAACCGUCUCCGUGACCUCUGGCACUACAGGGGGUGUGUCCAUGUUUGUGGCCCAGCCCACUAGUACGGCAGGGGGCGGGGCCACUGUUGUGGCGGCUGGGGGGACCACCAACGGGGCAGAGGAUGGGGUGGGCACCAAUGGUAAUGCAGCAGGCAGCUAUGUGAUCCAGGGGGGUUACAUGCUGGGCAGCAGCAGCAGCAGCAGCGGAGGGACAGCUAGCAAUAGCCAGAGCUAUUCGCACACCGCCCGCGCCUCCCCUGCCACUGUGAGUAUUACAGAGGGCGAGGAGAGUAGCGUGCCGUCGGCAGACAAGAAGGUACAGUGGUUGCUGGACAACUAUGAGACAGCUGAAGGAGUAAGUCUGCCACGCUCCACCCUUUACUGUCACUACCUGCUGCACUGCCAGGAGCAGAAACUGGAGGCUGUUAAUGCGGCUUCUUUCGGGAAACUCAUUAGAUCUGUGUUCAUGGGGCUACGUACACGCCGCCUGGGCACUCGGGGAAAUUCCAAAUAUCACUAUUAUGGGCUGAGAAUCAAGGCUGGCUCGUCUCUCCUCCGUCUGAUGGAGGACCAGCAACAUCUGGCCAUGCGGCAACAGCCAUUCUCCCAGAAACAAAGAUUGAAGCCUGUGCAUAAAGUUGAAGGCAUGACAAAUGGGACAGCGGCAGGAGCAGGCCAGCCGCAACAACAGCAGCAGGGUUCAGGGCAUGUGGAUAUUAGCACCCAGGUCCAGCAGUACCAGCAGUUCUUAGAUGCAUCCAGAACUCUUCCAGAGUUUCCUGACAUUGACCUCCAAGGGAAACCUCUGCCAGAGGGAAUUGAACUCGAGCAUAUAAAGAACUUUCAGCUGCUGUACAGAGAACACUGUGAGGCCAUACUGGACGUGAUGGUCAACCUGCAGUUUACGCUGGUGGAGACUCUCUGGAAGACCUUCUGGAGGUUCAGUCAAAGUCAGGCUGGAGACGCCACAAUGGCUGUUCAUGAUGAGUCAGAGAAACGUCUGCCGAAGUCCUGCCUUGUGUUGCUGUGUAAGUAUGAGCCAGUGCUGCGCUGGAGCCGCGACUGUGACAACAGCCUGUACCAGAGCCUGGUGGAAAUCCUCAUCCCAGAUGUCCUCAGACCCAUCCCCAGUGCCUUAACUCAAGCCAUCCGUAACUUUGCCAAGAGCCUGGAGAGCUGGCUGACCAAUGCCAUGAUGAACAUCCCAGAAGAAAUGGUUCGCAUUAAGGUAACAUCAGCUAAUGCAUUUGCCCAGACCCUUCGUCGUUACACCAGUCUCAACCACCUGGCUCAGGCAGCCCGUGCUGUCCUCCAAAACACUGCUCAGAUCAACCAGAUGCUAUCUGAUCUAAACCGCGUUGACUUUGCAAAUGUCCAGGAGCAGGCUUCAUGGGUGUGUCGGUGUGAAGACCGAGUCGUUCAACGACUGGAGCAAGACUUCAAGUUGACCCUCCAGCAGCAGAACUCCUUGGAGCAGUGGGCCGUGUGGCUUGAUGGUGUGGUCUCACAGGUCCUAAAGCCCUAUCAACAGAGCCCUGCCUUCCCCAAGGCUGCCAAGCUCUUCCUGCUCAAGUGGUCAUUUUACAGUUCUAUGGUGAUCAGAGACCUGACCCUGCGGAGCGCUGCCAGCUUUGGAUCCUUUCAUUUGAUCCGCCUGUUGUACGAUGAGUACAUGUAUUACCUUAUAGAGCACAGGGUGGCCCAGGCCAAGGGAGAGACCCCCAUUGCUGUUAUGGGCGAGUUUGCCAGCUUAGGCCGAGGGCUAAACCAGCUGGACCCCGACAAAGAAGAGGAAGAGGAAGAAGAGGAGGAGAGUGAUGACGAGGGUCAGGAGCUGUCCCUUCCUUCCGACGGAGCCGUGUUAGGGGAGGAGUCUCUGGAGCCGCCCGCCAAGCUCGCCAGAACUGAUCAGCGGGUCCUCUUCACCACCGGAUCAGCCGACAACUAACCACAGACCACAAGAUUUGACGCACGCACGCACACACACACACACACAUGCACACACAUGCAGCUGUACAAAGAACACUAAUUUAUACAUUUGAUAUGUAUAUAGAUCUUGUCGCCGUGCGUUAACCUUCGCUGCGUACUGUUCGUGUCCAUGUCGGCACGCCCAAUCAAAACACACUCGUCAUUAACUGCUGCUGCCUGGAUGGCACAACCACCCGUAGGCACCUUCGAAUUAAUUCCACGGUCACUGGCGUCGCAGUGAGACGUGCCCUCAAAAACUAGUCACUCAAUGCAAAGAAAAACGGACCAUUUAAACCUUCAGUUGUAUGAAUCUGUAAAAAACGAACUAAAGCCAGGCAUGAUUCCUGUCAUCACACCGCAACCCGUAGCCACCCCAGCUCCUCCCGAGACUGUCACAGCCAUGUCGUAGUAGUCUUUAAGUACUGUGACGUGAGUGUAAGGGUAACUGCUGCAGGGGCAGGUCACAAAGUGGAUCAUUAGAAUAGUUUGUUACAUCUGAUUGUUGCUAGUUAGAUAACCUGGCAUCCUGGGGGAAGGAGGAAACAUGAAAGACAGCAGACGGGUGGAAACUUUUGGGGUGGGUUUGUCUAAUGUGUGAGUGUUUGUGUGUUUUUUGUCUGUUUGUUUGAGCACUGUGGUCACACAGCUGUAUUGUUUUAUUGGACUCGGAUUGAAGAUGUUUUUCCAUGGUUGUGCACAUCUGGUCGUGAGAUUGUGAGUCAUGCCUAGUGUUCCUGUAGAUAUUUUCUUGCAUACAUUUUUACUUUUGAUUAGGGAAGUAUGUGUAUAUUUCCUUGUUGAUUUCAUUAGCCCUUACAGGAGAAGUUCUUGUGUUCCUGGAGUGCCUGUCACAGCUGAUACACACACUUGUAAAGAUAAAGCUAAGGCUGCAUAAUAGGAACUCCUGUUAGUUGCUGCAAAAAAAAAGAAAAAAAACUCCAUUCCUCUAUUGAACAUUGUUUUUAAUCUGACAUAUUGUCACGUUUUAUGUUCAAAGUGCUUCAAUCCUAUCCUUCUAAUAGGUUCCUCUGUGGCCUCAUUUUCCUUAGAGACAUUAUCUUCUUGCCUUAUUUCAGUAUGUUUUCCUCCACUUGUGUGCCAAACCGGUUUUCUUUGAUCCCAGUUCCUGUAGUUUUUCCAUGAUUUUUUCAUUGGGUUUAAGGGAGGACUGUGCCUGAGUAAGAACGGGGAUGUAUUCUACUGUAUAUUUAUCCACUAUUUUUAAUUCUGUUGUCACAAAGUGAACCUCUUGUGCAGUGUAUGGUGCUGUGUUGUCACACAUUGUAAGCAACCUUUGUGUGCAUUAUUGAUUUGUGAUUGUACGUUAAGUUAUCAAUCCUAAAUCAUAUCUGAUGACUUUACCACAAACAGGCUUAGGCCCGGCCUCUUUGCACAUGCUGACUGUUGUCUUUAAAACACAGAGUUAUCUGAAAUGUUUUUCAGUUUCUUUGAAGUCGUACACUUUUUUUGUCACCACGACGUGGAGGUGUGAAAUUAGUGUCUCGCACGAGUCACUGCUGUUCUGAGAACUUGAUGAGAAGUGAAAAAUCCGAUGGCCUUCUCUGCAGUCCUCCCCCACCAGUCAUCUCACUGCAUUCCCACUCUCCUGCCAGUGGUUUAGUUUUGCUUCCAUUUUCUUAAACACUGUUUGUUGAGAUCAGUUGGUGUGAACAUGUCAUUAAAUGGCUGCACUGCACAUGUUUUUAACAGGCAUUGCCAGCUUUAAACCAGCACAUUAUCCUUUAAAUGGAGUCUAAUUCUACCACGACUGAGUACAUAUGACUCCAGUCUUUAACUCUCCAGCAUACAGAAUGGUUUACCCAGUGAAAAUGUUUGGUCAUUUUUAUAGUGCAUUGUUUCUUAUGGACAAAACAAACUCAGAAAAAAAUAUAUGUUCAGUGGCAGUGUUUUAUGAAUUUGGUCCGCUAUAAGUAUGACUGUGCCUUUGGAGGUGGUAGAAUGCAAUUCAGAUGUUUUUAAUUUUAAAGAUAUAAAUUAAAGAAAUUUUUAAAAUUGCACUUAAGUUCUUUGAAUUUCUUAUCAUCUCUAUGGCUGUAUAACACUGUAUUACUGCAUAGAAGAUCAUUGGGUGGUGAACUGACACUGCAGUCAUUAAAAAAUACUUUUUAAAUCUCUGCCUAAACACUUUUCUUGGUGUAUAUAAGGGACAGCUGAUCAUCUAA